GUUUCCUCUUCCGUUGUAGCUUUUGGUUUGAGUUAUUUUUUUGGUGAUUUUAUUAAUUAAUUUAAUUUAGUUUCUUUGGUAAUUGUUUUACGAUUUAAAUUAGAAUAAUGGCCCAACGACAAACUCUCAGGCGACGACUUUGUUACAAUACACCAUCAAACAGGCGUAAGAUUUCCAAGACUCCAGGAGGAAGACUUGUUUACCUUUACCAAAAGAAACCUGGUACUUGUGCUCGAUGUGGAGAUUGUAAGCUUAAGCUUAGAGGAUUAACAUUUGCCCGACCUCACAAAUUGUCAACUCUUUCCAAAAGACACAAGACCGUCUCUAGAUCACAUGGUGGUGUACGAUGUGCUUCAUGUUUAAAGAAUAGGAUUCUUCGAGCCUUCUUGAUUGAAGAAACAAAGAUCAUUACCCAAGUCAUGAAAGCACAGAAACAAAUUAAGGCUUAAAUCAAUCUCUGCUCUUGUAAAAUUUUUGAAUUAAUUCAUUAAAUGGGUAUUAAGCCUAUUUAUACACAUUAA